UGGUUAAUUGAUCAGAAUGUUCUGCUGCGCGCAUUUGUGCGCUUGUUUGCACACGUGACUGGACCGAUGGUGCGCGUUUUCUCUCCCUGCGCCCCCGCCACCAUGCGCAAGAUGAGAAUUAUCCGGCUGCAGCAGAGACAAGUAGAGCCACAGGACUCCUGCUGACCACAGAUCUAAUUCACCGAUCUCAACUUGUCUUUUUAACUCUUAGUUUAUUUUGCUGGUGUGGUGACCGAGGUGAAUGUGUUCUCCGGUGGUAGUUCCUGCGGUGCUGACCGCCUGCCUCUGCGGUCUGCUUUUACCGGUGGCGUGCACUCCUCAGCUGAAUUACCGACCAAUAAUCGGUGUGCUGGCCCAGGAGAACAUCGUGGAAGACAUCCACGCCCUGGGCUCCUCCUACAUCGCUGCCUCCUAUGUGAAGUACCUGGAGGGGGCGGGGGCCCGCGUGGUGCCCAUCAGAAUUAAUCAAACAGAAGCAGAAUAUGUGAAGAUAUUCAACUCCAUUAAUGGUGUGCUGUUGCCAGGAGGAGAUGUGGACCUUCAGACUUCGCAGUUCAGCCGUGUGUCCAAGAUCCUGUACGACCUGGCUAUCAAGGCCAACGAUGCAGGGGACUACUUCCCUAUCUGGGGAACCUGCCAGGGCUUUCAGCAGAUGACAGUCUUGGCCAGCAACAAGAACCUCCUCACCCUCACCGACACCAAGGCUGUGGCCCUGCCCCUCACCCUCACACCAGGGGCCCAGAGCAGUCGUCUGUUCAGGACCUUCCCCAGAGAGCUGCUGCAGGCCCUGGCGUCUGAGAACAUCACCUCCAACUUCCACAGCUGGAGCCUCUCCCUGCAGAACUACAGCAGGAACGCCAAGUUGAAACGCUUCUACAGGAUCCUGUCCACCAACAACGACGGCAAGAAGGAUUUCAUCUCCACCAUGGAGGCCCACAGGUACCCGUUCUACGCGGUCCAGUGGCACCCAGAGAAGGCUCCGUUUGAGUGGAUCCAGAAAGCUGGCAUGGUCCACACAACCUCCGCAGUCUCGGCCUCCUUCUACACCGCCAGAUUUUUCGUGUCAGAGGCCAUGAAGAGCCAGCACCAGUUCCUCAGCCUCAUGGAGGAAGAGAGAGCUCUCAUCUACAACUACUCUCCUGUCUUCAGAGGAGUCCAAAGUGUCUUCAUGCAGAACUAUUACUUUGACUAGACCCGACACACAGCUCAUCACUAGGCGUAACGCUGUCACAGUCAUCGUCCACCUUUAGUGUACCUUUAGAACUUAACUGAUGAGUGAAGAGGAAGUGUCGGGGAUGGUUUCCCUAGGUCGUGUCUGGUCCUUCUGAAAGGACAAUUCCAUGAAGAUUGUAGUGCUGAAACGAUUUGUGUCUUUGGGAAACUGUCAUUUGUUUAUUGCAAGUUUUGCGAUUUGUGUUUUUGAAAACGAUUGUAAUGCUUGAAUGUAGUUCCUAUUUAGUUCUGUAGUCCUUUUAAAUCUCUGUGUCUCAAGGAUGUUUGUAAUUGUCAAAAUGGAAGUGUUCUGGCAUUGGUCACUGACGCAGUGUUUAAUCCAUGGUCAUUCCACUUCGAAGCAUCAGUAUUUCUUUCAUUCUGUGGUUUAGGCUGUCGGUGGGUGAGGGUUGGAUGUGUGUGAUAGCAGGUUGUCCCAGCUUUUAUGUCUGAGACACAGAUCACACGUUAUGUUUUCCAAACAGAACGAAUAGGAUGUUAAUCAUUUGCUAAGUCAUCUGACCAGUGUAUUGGCAAUAAAGUUAGCAUCCAUACCCACAGACUUGACCCUCUG